UGUAAUUUCAUAUCUAUAAAUAUUUUAAUACAUAAACCUUGGCACAGCAGAAAACACGAUGAUGAGGACUUCUGGUUGCAUUGAUUGGUAAUUGGCAUGUGGCGAAGAAUGAAGACUAUUCUAAUUGUGACGGUGGAAUUCUAUUAAAAUACUGGAAUUUGCUCAGAAAAUGCUAGAUCGAUCAAUAUUGGGCAUACCAUAUUGGUCAAUGAUUAGUUUUACUUUGUUUCAUUUGUGAUUGCGCGAUCGAUCUGGUCGCGAUCUUCAAUAUGGGCAAGGCGAAAUGUAGGAAAUUUAUGUUAUUUGGGUUUAACAUUGCAUUUUUGGUGAUUGGUGGAUUGCUAUUAGGCAUUGGCAUAUAUGCAAAUGCACAGAAAUCUGAGUACUAUGAACGUUAUCAAGAGUUCUAUGACUUCAUCAGUGAUCCGACCAUUGCAGUAAUAACAGUUGCCUGCCUGACAAUUGUUGUUUCAGGGAUUGGUAUGAUUGGAGCUUUAAGAGAUAACUUAAAGCUACUAUAUUUGUAUCUAUUUUUUGUUGUCUUCAUAUUCACAUUUCAACUAGUUGCUGGUGUGCUUGGGUUUAUUUUCUGGACAGAGGUCAAGGACUCUGUCAAUACUGCAUUUCUCCUAGCCAUUAUCAAAUAUAGAAGAGAUCAUGAUUUAAAAAAUGCUGUGGAUGCUGUACAGUUGAACUUGGAAUGCUGCGGUAGUACGUCCAUAGACGACUGGGAUCGCAACAAUUACUUCCGUUGUGGUGCAAAAACUAUUGAGGAAUGUGGAGUACCUGUAUCCUGUUGUAAAAUUAAGGAUAAGGUUUCUAAAAUAAAAACUUUAGAGGUGCUCAAGAAUUCCUCAGAACCAAAUGUCGAGCAUCUUAGUAAUGUGAAUCUACAAUGUGGAUACAAGACACGUAGUCAGCACCGGCUGACAUACCGUGAUGAGAUUCACACACGUGGUUGUCUGGAUGCUUUGGUGUUAUGGCUGUAUGAUAACAUGUUGCUUGUUGCUGGCUUGGUUACCGCGUCUGUUAUACCUGAGAUAUGUGGAGCUUGCCUCACAUUUUUUUACGUUGCACAUAUCAAGCGAGCUAGAAAGGAAUGGGUGGAUGGUACUCGCCGCUCGCACUUAUUCGAAAGAGAAGCUAUAACGGACUUUUAGGAAACAAACGACCUUCACAGUCACAAUACUGCAUGUCUAUUGGAUGUCUUUGGUGAUCCUCAUAAAGUGUGACGUAAAUAGUAUUCCUGUUGAUCUGCUUCGUAGAACAGCGUUCGUGAGCAGUGGCUUAAAACCCGUUUUCCACUACGCAAAUUUGUUCGCCUGACGCGAAGCGAAAUCCGAAAUCCAAUAGCGUGAUUGGUCAGCAAAAAAAAUCAUUGCAAAAAGCCCUUCCCCUAGCCAAUCACUUUGCAGAAUAUGUAGUUCGCGCGUGGAAACAUAUUCGUCUAGUGGAAAACGGGCUUUAGAGUCAUUAAUAUACAGAAAUUUGUGGCUCAAUCGUUUUCUUGAUCACUGACCUCUAUAUACAUUAAUGUUCCAUACAGCUUAACACGAUUUCUUUUCUAUUUUCAAAUUCCUGCAUGUAAGGCGACUGGCACAAGCCUGUUCGUGAAUCACAUUUCCAGGUUGACUUACGAACCGGGGUAAACAUUUUCAAAAAUAUUUUAUGAACUGGAUGAUGAAAUAUUAAAAGAAUCAGGGUUUAUAUAGGGAAUAAUAUAUAUGAUGCGCGGAAAUAUGAAAUCUAUUUCGAGUGUUGAGAAUGGUAUCGAACGAGUGAGCGCAGCGAACGAGUGAGAUAUCUUUCUCAACACGAGAAAUAAAUUCCAUAUUUCCAAGCAUCCAUGUAUUAUUCUGUUGAUUAUGAAAUAAAAAAGUUUUAGUUUUUUGAAAAGUUUUUCAUCCCCCUUCCUGAUUCCAGAUCGGUGGAUCAAACACGAUAAUCGCACAUGUGUUCUUUUCGCUUUUCAAAAUGGAGGAUUCGACAAUAAAACACUGCAUAUUAUAUAAUAAAGUAAUAUAACGCAUGUAGAACGUAGGUAGAAUUCUACAAUUUACUGCAUGCAUACAUGAAGGAACAUAUAUAAAAUAUUUUAUUUAAAUUUAUGUACAAACGUACUCAAAACCAUCGAAUGUCGUAUAGAGCGUUUGAAUGUGUUUUACUCUACUCAGUUGAUGGCGGGGAAAUAUUUUUAGUGCUCUACCAUUAUCGCUAUAUUAUGUUGACCUAAUUGCGCUCGUGAUUGGUUAAUCAAAUAGACUUAUGACGUUUAAUUUGUCCAUAUUCCCUCGAAGGCAGUGCUAACGGGAAUCGAACCUGAAUCUCCUGAAUAUGGGAAGCAGACUUGAUUAGUUAUCCACUCGUAGUUUUGAGUGACUCGUAAAUCUUUGU